AUGGAGAUGCCGGCGGCCCUCCUCGUCCUGUGCCUCGCCGUCUCUCCCGGGCUCGUCGUCCACGGCCAGGACGACACGCUGGGCUUCAUCAGCAUCGACUGCGGCAUCGCCGAGGGCACGGCCUACGCCGACCAGCCCACCCACGGCCUGCGCUACGUCUCCGACGCCGGGUUCACCGACGCGGGGGCGGGGCUCAACGCCGCCAUCAACCCGCCCUACAACGUCGAGGGCACCUCCACCCGCUACCUCACUGCCCGCUACUUCCCCGACGCGCGGAGGAGCUGCUACACGCUCCGUCCGGGGGUGACCCCCGGCGGCCGGUACCUCGUGAGGGCAACCUUCUACUAUGGCAACUACGACGGGCUCAACAGGCUCCCCGUCUUCGACCUCCACCUCGGCGUCAACCGCUGGGUCACCGUCAACGUCACCGCACCCGGCGCCUCGUACAUCUUCGAGGCGGUGGUGGUGCCGCCGGCAGACUUCUUUCAGGUGUGCCUGGUGAACCGAGGCCUGGGCACACCGUUCAUCUCCGGGCUUGAUCUGAGGCCGCUCCAGGACGACAUGUACCCGGAGGCCACCCUCAACCAGUCGCUGGCGCUGCUCAACUUCCGCCGGCCGACGGCCACAUACAUCUUGAAUCGGUACCACUUCAGGCGCCCGGCCAGUACGUACGCUUUGCUCAGGUACCCAUUUGAUCCGUACGACCGGCUCUGGCAGGCCUAUGGCGACAUUGAUGCAUGGACCAACAUUACAAGACCCGUCGACGUCUCCAACAUCAGCAGCUUCCAUACGUUACCCAUGAUACUGUGGAGUGCCGCCACUCCAGUGAAUGGAACCCAGAUCGACUUCGCAUGGAGCUCGGAUUCCUCCAUAAACAAUGACAACACAUCAUACCUCCUGUUGCUGUACUUCGAAGAGGUGCAGAGGUUGCCAAGCAAUGCAGUGAGGCGGUUUGAUAUCCUUGUCGACAACUCUACAUGGAACGGUAGCCAGCGCUACAGCCCGAAGUACCUUUCUUCCGAGCUUGUGAAGAGGAUGGUGCUGGGGUCAAGGCAACACACUGUGUCGCUGGUUGCCACACCAGAUGCGACUCUUCCACCAAUCCUGAAUGCAUUCGAGAUAUAUUCAGUCCUGCCAAUGACUGAGCUCGCAACGAAUGGUGCAGAUGCCAAGGCCAUGAUGGCAAUUCGCACGAAAUAUGCAUUGAAGAAAAAUUGGAUGGGUGACCCUUGUGCACCUAAAGCAUUUGCUUGGGACGGACUGAACUGCAGUAAUUUUUCGUCUGGCCCUGCAUGGAUCACAGCUCUGCGCUUGUCAUCUAGUGGGUUGAGUGGUGGAAUCGAUGCUUCAUUCGGAAAUCUGAAAUCCCUCCAAUGGCUGGACCUGUCCAAUAACAGUUUAUCUGGUCCAGUACCUGAUUUUCUAGUGCAAAUGCCAUCGCUCACAUUCCUUGAUUUGUCAAGCAACAAACUCAGUGGACCGGUUCCAGCUGUUCUACUACAAAAACAUCAAAAUGGAUCUCUUGUCUUAAGGAUUGGUAACAAUGCAAAUAUAUGUGAUAAUGGUGCUUCUACCUGUGAACCGGAGAACAAGAAUGGCAAGAGAAUACUUGCCAUCGCAAUAGUUGUCCCAAUAGCAGUAGCGACACUACUAUUUGUGGCAGCACUUAUCCUUCAUAGACUGAAACAUAAACAAGUUACAUGGACAGCAAACAACUCAAGGCUUCCUAGUCCUCAAGAAAGGUCGACUGCGUUUGGAAACAGACAGUUCACUUACAAAGAGUUAAAGCGCAUGACAGCUAACUUCGAAGAAGAAAUAGGGCGAGGAGGAUUUGGUGCUGUAUUCCUAGGGUAUUUGGAGAAUGGAAGUCCGGUUGCUAUCAAGAUGUGUACAAAAACAUCUCAAGGAGAUAAAGCAUUUUCAGCUGAGGCUCAACACUUGACUAGAGUUCAUCACAGAAACCUUGUUUCCUUGAUUGGGUAUUGCAAAGACAAGAAACAUUUAGCCCUUGUCUAUGAAUAUAUGCAAGGUGGAAACCUAGAGAACCGUCUAAGAGGCCAGGUGUCUGCUAUUACACCCCUCACUUGGCAUCAACGUCUGAAGAUUGCUCUAGACUCUGCCCAUGGAUUGGAGUAUCUACAUAAGGCAUGCCAACCACCACUGAUCCAUAGGGAUGUGAAGACGACAAAUAUUCUGCUGUCUGCUGAUCUAGAGGCCAAGAUAUCAGACUUCGGGCUCACGAAGGUGUUUGCCAAUGAUUUCGAUACCCACAUCACAACCCAACCAGCAGGUACCCUAGGCUAUCUGGACCCUGAAUACUAUAACACAUCCAGGCUCAGUGAGAAGAGUGAUGUGUACAGUUUUGGAGUUGUGCUACUUGAGCUCAUCACAGGCCAGCCACCAGCAGUCACCAUCACUAGCACCGAUAGAAUCCACAUUGCACUUUGGGUGCGUCAGAAGCUCUCGAUGGGUAAUAUCGAGAGCAUUGUUGACCCGAGGAUGGAAGGAGAGUAUGAUGUCAACUCUGUCUGGAAAGUUGCAGAAUUGGCUCUGCAGUGCAAAGAGCAGCCAUCGCGGGAACGACCAACAAUGACUCAUGUUGUGAUGGAGCUCAAGGAGACCUUAGAGCUGGAUGCCCUGCAUGCAAUGGGAUAUUACAGCUCAGUGCCGAGCAGCACAGUCAAUCUCAGUGCAACUAGUGUUGACUUGCAGAGUGAUGCACAAGCAAGUGAAGCAAGACAGGAAACUAUGCUUGAGUUGGAACAGGUCGGCAAUAUAUCAGAAACUCAAAUAGGUCCUGUGGCACGAUGA